UCUCUCUCUGCUUGGACAUCAGUAUUUCUCAGCACACUGUCUAAAAUUACUCUCUGGCUCCUAAGCUGUUCUCCCAGAAGCACAGCACAGAAUUGCGUGCAUUUAAUUUAAUGUUUUUUUUCUCUUGGUCUGGACCUAAAUCACAAGUUGUAUUUAAAAAUACAUCAACUCAUUCCAAGUCCACACCUCUUUUGUGCAUAUAUCAUGGAGCCAGACUCUGUAGAAGAAUUUGUGAUGUGUAGCAACCCAGAAGAAUAUCAUGCAAUCAGGGAUGAAGAAGAGAUUCAAAAGGAACUUGAAGAGAAGGGUAAGGAACAAAAGGGACUGACGUUUUAUCAUACGGAUCUGUAUGGUUCACGGAGCAGAUUGGCUAUCUUUCCUGAAGAGAUUUUCAAUCAGGAGCAGAGAUACUCAAAUAUUAAUGAGUCAGAAUUAGCAAAGGAACAGUAUGACACUAGUCCAGAAAAAAAACAAACUGACUUACAAAAUGAAGUGGAUGAAUUAGCAAAAUUAUAUGGGCUGUCUGAAGAAAAAGAAGAAGAGGACCUUCCAUUUUUGACACCACUGACUUUGAAACACAUGGAACAUAUGUCAUCUAAAUGCACUAUUGCUCCAAACUCAACCAAUCCUGAACAGAAGAAAGAGAAGCCUAAAACUGGAGGACGAUCUGUUGAAGGAACACAUCAUGAUCAUGAUGGAACAGAAAAGGAAUCUGAUGAAAAACAUUUCGACGAACCUCCAUUGCAAGCAACACCUAAAACAUCAGAGCCUUCUGAAGACCACAGUGCUAACACUCAGGAUGAUUCAGUAGGAGAUGCUGCUGAAACUCAAGAACAAAUGAAAGAGCAACCUUCUGAGGAUUACAAUGAUGCUCCUGACAUUUUUUGCAUUACUUGCAAAACUCCAAUCAGAGCUUUUGAAAAGCUGUUUGGUGUGCACAAGGAUCAUGAUGUCAAAGAGAUCACCACUGCUGUGGAGGAGAACAAGAAAGAAAUUCACAAAAAUAUGUCCAGAUUGGAAGAACAAAUUACACAGAUGGAAAACUUUGCCAGUCACCUGGAAGAAAUAUUUGUCACUGUGGAGGAAAAUUAUGUAAGGCAAGAGCAGCAUUUUGAGAAUCAUUAUACUGAAGUGAUGGAUGCAGUUGUGUCAAAACAUGAAGAAAAGGUCAAUGCUCUGAGAGAGGAAAAAACCCUGAAAUUAGAAUCAUUAUACGAGCAGCUAAUUAAUUGUGGAAAGAGCCUUGACCUGUCCAAAGACUUGAUGGAGACUGUUCAAGAGAUAUUCAAAGGACCGGACAAAGUUGAAUUUGUAAAGACAGCAUUGCGUACAACCAACAGACUUAAUGAAUACUUCAAUACCGAUAUAAACUUAAAUAUUUCCACAAAUGCAGAAUUUGAAAGUAAGGACAUAGACUUCACAGAAGUUAAUCAGUUGUUGGACUCAAUUAAUACUGUCCCAGCUCCGUCUGCUCCUGUAAUAAACCCUCAGACUCCAAAUUCUGCGACGGCGACAUCAUUACGCGUGUGCUGGAGUGUUUUCUCUGAUGAUAGUGUAGAAAGUUACCAGCUGUGCUACAGGCCCGUGUGUGAUGAAACACCGGGGGAAGAUCAGGAAGAGUUUAUGAUACCAGCCAAAGAAACCUACUGCAUAGUUAACAACCUGAUGCCAAAUACACAUUAUGAAUUUUGGGUGACAGCUUUAAACACCACAGGUACAAGCCCAGCAAGUGAAAGUUCAGUAUAUGUCACAGCUCCUUCCCCACCAAUAAUUAAAAGCAAAGACUGUAGAAGUUGUGAAAAUGCUGCUUUGAUAUGCUGGGAAUCUGGAAAUAUUAACCCAGUUGACUCUUACACGGUUGAAUUACACAAAGUGACUAAUGAUGCAAAUAAAGAUUUUAUUACAGAAUCUAUUGUAGGAAUUCCCAUCUGUGAAUCUCUAAUACAGCUGCAGCCAAGUCAGACUUAUCACAUCACAGUCAAAGCUGUGAACGUGGGUGGCCCGAGUGAAAGCAGCAGACCUGAGUCUAUUCACACCACAGGCAGUUUUUUUCAUCUCAACGAAGAAACUGCACAUCCCCUUUUGUCUAUUACUGAUAAUGGAUUUACAAUUACUUGCGACAAGGAAGAAAGUCUGGAGGACUUACCUUAUCACUGCAAAAAUUUCACAAGAUGCAUAGCAGUUCUUGGAAAUCUCAUACCUUUCAAAGGGUAUCAUUACUGGGAGGUGGAAGUUGAUGAAGACACACAAUAUAGAGUUGGAAUAGCCUAUGAGGAUACAAACAGAAAUGGAUUAAUCGGGGCAAACAAUACCUCUUGGUGCCUCAGACAUAUCCUCACACCUUCAAGGCACAAAUAUGAAUUUUUGCAUUGUGGGAUUUCUCCAGAUAUUCGACUUACAAUACCACCAAAGAGAAUUGGAAUUCUUCUGGAUUAUGAUCACGAGAAACUGUCAUUUUUUAACAUGGGAAUUUUUCAACACUUGUUUACAUUUGAUUGCCAUUUUAGACAUUUUGUACAUCCAUGUUUUGCUCUGGAGAAGCCAGGUACUUUGAAAAUACACAAUGGUAUACCGGUUCCAUUGUCUGUGAUUUAAAAUGAGAAAUAAAGUUUAUGCCACAACA